UACGUCUUGCAACGGAAACCGUUUACCGUGUAAGAAGCACACAGAGCAAACGGAAAGAAACGGGGAGGGGCAUACCUGACUUUGUCAAAUAGAAGCUCUCGUUUUCGUUGCAAAACGUUUUGCGUUGGGAUAAACGCUUUCUGUUGCAAAGGGUUUUGCAACAGACCAAACAUUUCGCAACAGAAUCAGCGUAAAUGAACACACCCAUGCUCUUGCAGUAGCUAGCAAACUGCAGUCAGUGGAAUCAGGCUUUGAACACGUUAUAUCGCCGAGGAGCGGACUAAUUACUUUUCUUACUAUCUUUCGCCAUUACUGAGGACUUCAUAAAGUCUCACUGUGUUGUAUAACGUUAUUACAGCGGUGACUUUUCGGAUUUUCCCUUUCUUUCUGGCUGUGGAGAACGUGUAAAAAUACAGCUAGUUUUCACAAUGGCGACAGCAGCAGUAUCUGCCAGUGCUGGCAGCGGCCCCAACCCCGGAUCUGGCGCUGAGUUAGUCCGAGGACAGGCCUUCGAUGUCGGCCCUCGCUACCACAAUCUCUCCUAUAUUGGCGAAGGCGCUUAUGGAAUGGUGUGCUCUGCGUAUUGCCGUGACAACAAGGUCCGCGUGGCGAUCAAGAAGAUCAGUCCGUUUGAGCACCAGACGUACUGCCAGAGGACUCUGAGAGAGAUUAAGAUCCUGCUGCGAUUCAGACAUGAGAACAUCAUCAGCAUCAACGACAUCAUCCGCAUGCCCUCUAUCCACCAGAUGAAGGACGUCUACAUUGUGCAGGACCUGAUGGAGACAGACCUGUACAAGCUCCUGAAGACCCAGCACCUGAGCAACGAUCACAUCUGUUACUUCCUGUAUCAGAUCCUGAGAGGCCUGAAGUACAUCCACUCAGCCAACGUCCUGCACCGCGACCUCAAACCCUCUAACCUGCUGCUCAAUACCACCUGUGAUCUAAAGAUCUGUGACUUUGGUCUUGCGCGUGUGGCUGACCCGGACCACGACCACACGGGCUUCCUGACAGAGUACGUCGCGACUCGUUGGUACCGUGCGCCUGAGAUCAUGCUCAACUCAAAGGGUUACACCAAGUCUAUUGAUAUCUGGUCUGUGGGCUGCAUCCUGGCUGAAAUGCUCUCCAAUAGACCCAUCUUCCCCGGGAAGCACUACCUGGACCAGCUCAACCACAUACUGGGUAUCCUAGGGUCUCCUUCCCAGGAGGAUCUGAACUGCAUCAUCAACAUCAAGGCCAGGAACUACCUGCUGUCUCUCCCGCUGCGCUGCAAGGUCCCGUGGAACCGCCUCUUCCCCAACGCUGACCCCAAAGCUCUGGACCUGCUGGACAAGAUGUUGACCUUUAACCCCCACAAGAGGAUCGAGGUGGAGGAGGCUCUGGCUCACCCUUACCUGGAGCAGUACUACGAUCCUACAGAUGAGCCUGUAGCCGAGGCUCCCUUCAAGUUUGACAUGGAGCUGGAUGAUCUCCCCAAAGAGACCCUGAAGGAGCUGAUCUUUGAAGAGACGGCACGCUUUAACACCGUCUGCAGGUCCUAACCUAUAGAACCAGAUCAGACUCUGGACUCUCCUCUCCUCGUUGUGUGCUCUGGUUCCUCCUGUCUUCAGCAAUGCCUGUAUACCCCCCCCCCCCCGCCUUCCUCAGUCAGACCACCAUGCUCAGGAACGGGUUUCAGGAAUCAAUCUGUCCUUUCUCCCUCUAUCCCUCCCCUCUCUCCCUACGGGGUGAGGAGGGUCACAUGUUGGCUUACUGUUGAUAUUUCCUCUAUCCCCCCACCCACUCCUCACUGCCUACGGGGGACUAUUGGAAAGCACUAUAUAGUGAUUAGGGCUCUGAUCUAAAGUAGUGCACUAUAUAGGGAAUAGGGCCCUGGUCUAAAGUAGUGCACUAUAUAGGGAAUAGGGCUCUGGUCUAAAGUAGUGCACUAUAUAGGGAAUAGGGCCCUGGUCUAUAGUAGUGCACUAUAUAGGGAAUAGGGCUCUGGUCUAAAGUAGUGCACUACAUAGGGAAUAGGGCUCUGGUCUAAAGUAGUGCACUAUAUAGGGAGCCAUAUGGGACUUCUCCGGCGACUCCUGCUCAAAUCAUUAUUAUUAUAAUUCCUGCUCAGCGCAGCCUUGGUUGACGGUUGUCUGUCUGUUUGAGAAGCUUUACAUUGCCAAAUCAUUUUUUGUACAGCUUCUUUUUAUUUUCUAACUAUCUGAGACCGAGCUACGAUCAGGGAACUCAUAGGUGAUGUCACUCUACCGACCCCACAUUGAUCAACAUAUUUAUGCAAUGACAUAAAGCUCUCUGUAUCUGGACAGACAGACAGACACAGGACAGGAUGUUGACAUAAAGCUCUCUGUACCUGGACAGACAGACAGACACAGGACAGGAUGUUGACAUACAGCUCUCUGUACCUGGACAGACAGACAGACACAGGACAGGAUGUUGACAUAAAGCUCUCUGUAUCUGGACAGACAGACAGACACAGGACAGGAUGUUGACAUAAAGCUCUCUGUAUCUGGACAGACAGACAGACACAGGACAGGAUGUUGACAUAAAGCUCUCUGUACCUGGACAGACAGACAGACACAGGACAGGAUGUUGACAUAAAGCUCUCUGUACCUGGACAGACAGACAGACACAGGACAGGAUGUUGACAUAAAGCUCUCUGUACCUGGACAGACAGACAGACACAGGACAGGAUGUUGGUAGAGAGGGUGAUUCUGAAAGUAACGCACGCGUGGUUUGACGAAGUAACUAAUAAUAGAACCCAAUUUGAAAAAGUAACGCGUUACUUUACUCGGUUAAUCAUAAAAGUAAACUGAUUACUUAUUCUGUUACUCAUAAAAGUAAUCUGAUUACGUAUCGUGUUACUUUAUUCUGAUACUCCUAAAAGUAAUCUGAUUACGUAAGGCGUUACUUUACUCUGUUACUCAUAAAAGUAAUCUGAUUACGUAAGGCGUUACUUUACUCUGUUACUCAUAAAAGUAAUCUGAUUACGUAAGGCGUUACUUUUGUAACACUGGUUAGGAAUCUCCCUCCCAGAUAGAACAGAACAGGUAGUUUCUCAGACCGACGGACAGCAUCAACCUGACCUGUUGGAGCAGGGGUUUACUGUUUAAUGAUGACCGGUGGUUAGGGAGAAAUCCAACAGGAAGUGCAGUGCCUCCUCUCCUCGCUUCUCUUUCUGGGUCUUUGGCCUUGUGACAGUAAGACUGUACCCUUUUGACUGUUAAAAACUCUGUCUACAUAUUGAUAACGGCUGGUUGGCUGGGCCCUGUUUCAGCUCCUCCUCCUAACCCCAGGGCCCUGUUUCAGCUCCUCCUAACCCCCUGGGCCCUGUUUCAGCUCCUCCUCCUAACCCCCAGGGCCCUGUUUCAGCUCCUCCUAACCCCCAGGGCCCUGUUUCAGCUCCUCCUCCUAACCCCCUGGGCCCUGUUUCAGCUCCUCCUCCUAACCCCCUGGGCCCUGUUUCAGCUCCUCCUCCUAACCCCAGGGCCCUGUUUUAGCUCCUCCUCCUAACCCCCUGGGCCCUGUUUCAGCUCCUCCUCCUAACCCCCUGGGCCCUGUUUCAGCUCCUCCUCCUAACCCCAGGGCCCUGUUUUAGCUCCUCCUCCUAACCCCCUGGGCCCUGUUUCAGCUCCUCCUCCUAACCCCCUGGGCCCUGUUUCAGCUCCUCCUCCUAACCCCAGGGCCCUGUUUCAGCUCCUCCUAACCCCCUGGGCCCUGUUUCAGCUCCUCCUCCUAACCCCCAGGGCCCUGUUUCAGCUCCUCCUAACCCCCAGGGCCCUGUUUCAGCUCCUCCUCCUAACCCCCUGGGCCCUGUUUCAGCUCCUCCUCCUAACCCCCUGGGCCCUGUUUCAGCUCCUCCUCCUAACCCCAGGGCCCUGUUUUAGCUCCUCCUCCUAACCCCCUGGGCCCUGUUUCAGCUCCUCCUCCUAACCCCCUGGGCCCUGUUUCAGCUCCUCCUCCUAACCCCCUGGGCCCUGUUUCAGCUCCUCCUCCUAACCCCCUGGGCCCUGUUUCAGCUCCUCCUCCUAACCCCCUGGGCCCUGUUUCAGCUCCUCCUCCUAACCCCCUGGGCCCUGUUUCAGCUCCUCCUCCUAACCCCCUGGGCCCUGUUUCAGCUCCUCCUCCUAACCCCCUGGGCCCUGUUUCAGCUCCUCCUCCUAAACCCCUGGGCCCUGUUUCAGCUCCUCCUAACCCCCUGGGCCCUGUUUCAGCUCCUCCUCCUAACCCCAGGGCCCUGUUUCAGCUCCUCCUCCUAACCCCCUGGGCCCUGUUUCAGCUCCUCCUCCUAACCCCCUGGGCCCUGUUUCAGCUCCUCCUCCUAACCCCCUGGGCCCUGUUUCAGCUCCUCCUCCUAACCCCCUGGGCCCUGUUUCAGCUCCUCCUCCUAACCCCCUGGGCCCUGUUUCAGCUCCUCCUCCUAACCCCCUGGGCCCUGUUUCAGCUCCUCCUCCUAACCCCCUGGGCCCUGUUUCAGCUCCUCCUCCUAAACCCCUGGGCCCUGUUUCAGCUCCUCCUCCUAAACCCCUGGGCCCUGUUUCAGCUCCUCCUCCUAAACCCCUGGGCCCUGUUUCAGCUCCUCCUCCUAACCCCCAGGGCCCUGUUUCAGCUCCUCCUCCUAACCCCCAGGGCCCUGUUUCAGCUCCUCCUCCUAACCCCCAGGGCCCUGUUUCAGCUCCUCCUCCUAACCCCCAGGGCCCUGUUUCAGCUCCUCCUCCUAACCCCCUGGGCCCUGUUUCAGCUCCUCCUCCUAACCCCCUGGGCCCUGUUUGAGCUCCUCCUCCUAACCCCCUGGGCCCUGUUUCAGCUCCUCCUCCUAACCCCCAGGGCCCUGUUUCAGCUCCUCCUAACCCCCUGGGCCCUGUUUCAGCUCCUCCUCCUAACCCCCUGGGCCCUGUUUCAGCUCCUCCUCCUAACCCCCUGGGCCCUGUUUCAGCUCCUCCUCCUAACCCCCUGGGCCCUGUUUCAGCUCCUCCUCCUAACCCCCUGGGCCCUGUUUCAGCUCCUCCUCCUAACCCCCUGGGCCCUGUUUCAGCUCCUCCUCCUAACCCCCUGGGCCCUGUUUCAGCUCCUCCUCCUAACCCCCUGGGCCCUGUUUCAGCUCCUCCUCCUAACCCCCUGGGCCCUGUUUCAGCUCCUCCUCCUAACCCCCUGGGCCCUGUUUCAGCUCCUCCUCCUAACCCCCUGGGCCCUGUUUCAGCUCCUCCUCCUAACCCCCAGGGCCCUGUUUCAGCUCCUCCUCCUAACCCCCAGGGCCCUGUUUCAGUACGAUGUGUUGUUGAACGUUGCAGAUAGACUACAUCUGAUGUUAUUCUGUAUACUAGGUGUGUUCUACAUCAUACUGCUCCUUUAUAUGCAUGACCUCUGACCCUGGGUACACUGAAAUUAGUUUUGGGGGGGGGGGGGGGUUUUCCUUGAACCAUCUUUUUGGUAUUUGUUUCAUUAGUCCAUUGUUGACAUAGUCCCAAAAUGUUUUCAAGAUAGGUCACUUUUGAAAAUACAGAAAUCAAUCUUGAAAACUUGAUAGUCCCAAAAUGUUUUGUUUGUCAGCUAUGUCAACAAUGGACUAAUGAAACAAAUACCAAAAUAUAUUUUGGGGGUGGAGUUUAGCUAAUCAGAUCAAAGCACUUAACAGUGUGUGUGUGCUGUAAUAUGCUAAUUAUAUGCAGAUCAGUGGAUCCCAAUCAGGUGGCAGCACACAUUCACAAAUUUAAAUAUCUCGGAGAGCUCACACCCCUUUUUUUUUUUUUUACACCAAUUUAAUAAACUUGCUUAUAAUUUCUUGAUCUUAAAUAAGAUUCCCCCUUUUAAAGCAAAAAAAACCCCCAUAGGCUAUGUAUAUUAUAAAUACUGUUUAUAAUUAUAUAUAUUACGUACCUUCAUGCUUAAAACAAUUUAUACUGACAAACCUACAGAGUACAGAGGCAUGAGUCAGAUGACAUGUACAUUAUCGUAGAACAUUUCUAAAUUCAGUCCACUGGAGCCGUUUCAAUAGUUUGGAUGUUUCCAGUGUUUAUGUAUGCAACUUCCCCUUUAAGACGUCAACACCCGUUGGAUCAGAGUGUAACAGCAUUAUCAAUGAGUCCCGUCUGUUGCUCUCUCCUUCCCCGAACUAGAAGAACAAACAAGGAUUAUUAACGGAGGCAUUAUCAGUAACACAAGAUGUCGGCAUCUCUCUAGAUCUAGACGCUUCUCUCCGAUACCAUCGCCAGCGGUCAUAGUUCCCUCCGGUCAACAGUUCAUGUCUGAGUGUCUUCGUACCUAUUUGCUUCAGCUGUCCCUGUUUCAUAUAACAUGUAUCACCUGUAUUUUAGUGACAUACACAACCAUUUCAAUGGAAGCUGGCUAGUUGUUAGUGGCUUGAGUUCCUUGGUCAGUAUUUGAGAUGCUCCGAGAGAGCGUUCUCCAUGUCUGCUGCCAUUUCACUGGCCAUAGUAUCUACUACUUUACAAAGUGGCCAAACAUCUAUUCACAUCUCUGCUCCAGUUACUGUCUGUGGAGUUUCACAUCUCUGUGGAGUUUCACAUCUCUGCUCCAGUUACUCUCUGUGGAGUUUCACAUCUCUGUGGAGUUUCACAUCUCUGUGGAGUUUCACAUCUCUGUGGAGUUUCACAUCUCUGCUCCAGUUACUCUCUGUGGAGUUUCACAUCUCUGUGGAGUUUCACAUCUCUGUGGAGUUUCACAUCUCUGUGGAGUUUCACAUAUUUGUGGAGUUUCACAUCUCUGCUCCAGUUACUGUCUGUGGAGUUUCACAUCUCUGUGGAGUUUCACAUCUCUGCUCCAGUUACUGUCUGUGGAGUUUCACAUCUCUGUGGAGUUUCAAAUCUCUGCUCCAGUUACUGUCUGUGGAGUUUCACAUCUCUGUGGAGUUUCACAUCUCUGCUCCAGUUACUGUCUGUGGAGUUUCACAUCUCUGUGGAGUUUCACAUCUCUGCUCCAGUUACUGUCUGUGGAGUUUCAUGAGACACCUAUCAGACUUCAUACCAAGUCAUUAAGUCACCAAGUCUAAUGCCAAGUCUAGAGCUCCCAGCUCAUUGGUUGAGAUGCUCAAAGAGAACAUUCUCCAUGGCGUAUAGGUCUACCCCUUUGAUUGCACUUGCUUUUUCUAUAUAAUGUUACAAUGCCUUGUAUAUAACGUUACAAUGCUUUCUAUAUAAUGUUAAAAGGGCAUCAACGACGUUAAAAUGCCUUCUAUAAAACGUUACAAUGCCAUAAUGGGACAUAGUGUCUACUGGCUCAAUAUGUCCACACAGAGAGCCAGCUAGGUGGAUGACAUUAAGGUAUAACAUUACAAUGCCAUGGGACCUUCAGGUCCACUUAGGACUAGACGUCUGCUGCACAGCAUUACAGCGCCUUAGCCCACCUGCAGAAGGCAGCUACAGGCCCUUAGCCCACAUACAGAAGGCAGCAACUACAGGCCCUUAGCCCACCUGCAGAAGGCAACUACAGGCCCUUAACCCACCUGCAGAAGGCAACUACAGGCCCUUAACCCACCUACAGAAGGCAACUACAGGCCCUUAACCCACCUGCAGAAGGCAACUACAGGCCCUUAACCCACCUGCAGAAGGCAGCAACUACAGGCCCUUAACCCACCUGCAGAAGGCAACUACAGGCCCUUAACCCACCUGCAGAAGACAACUACAGGCCCUUAACCCACCUGCAGAAGACAACUACAGGCCCUUAACCCACCUGCAGAAGGCAACUACAGGCCCUUAGCCCACCUGCAGAAGGCAACUACAGGCCCUUAACCCACCUGCAGAAGACAACUACAGGCCCUUAACCCACCUGCAGAAGGCAACUACAGGCCCUUAACCCACCUGCAGAAGGCAACUACAGGCCCUUAACCCACCUGCAGAAGGCAACUACAGGCCCUUAACCCACCUGCAGAAGGCAACUACAGGCCCUUAACCCACCUGCAGAAGGCAACUACAGGCCCUUAACCCACCUGCAGAAGGCAACUACAGGCCCUUAACCCACCUGCAGAAGGCAGCAACUACAGGCCCUUAACCCACCUGCAGAAGACAGCAACUACAGGCCCUUAACCCACCUGCAGAAGACAGCAACUACAGGCCCUUAACCCACCUGCAGAAGACAGCAACUACAGGCCCUUAACCCACCUGCAGAAGGCAACUACAGGCCCUUAACCCACCUGCAGAAGGCAACUACAGGCCCUUAACCCACCUGCAGAAGGCAACUACAGGCCCUUAACCCACCUGCAGAAGGCAACUACAGGCCCUUAACCCACCUGCAGAAGACAACUACAGGCCCUUAACCCACCUGCAGAAGGCAACUACAGGCCCUUAACCCACCUGCAGAAGGCAACUACAGGCCCUUAACCCACCUGCAGAAGGCAACUACAGGCCCUUAACCCACCUGCAGAAGGCAACUACAGGCCCUUAACCCACCUGCAGAAGGCAACUACAGGCCCUUAACCCACCUGCAGAAGGCAACUACAGGCCCUUAACCCACCUGCAGAAGGCAACUACAGGCCCUUAGCCCACCUGCAGAAGGCAACUACAGGCCCUUAACCCACCUGCAGAAGACAACUACAGGCCCUUAACCCACCUGCAGAAGACAACUACAGGCCCUUAACCCACCUGCAGAAGGCAGCAGCUGUAAGAGCCACUGGCCACAACCCCCUGCUGAUCGCUUGAUCAAUCUAUCCAAAAGUAUGUGGACACCCCUUCAAAUGAGUGAAUUUGGCUAUUUCAGUCACACCCAUUGCUGACAGGUGUAUAAAAUCGAGCACACGGCCAUGCAAUCUCCAUAGACAAACAUUAGAAGUAGAAUGGCCUUACUGAAGAGCUCAGUGACUUUCAACGUGGCACCAUCACAGGAUACCACCUUUCCAAAAAGUCAGUUUGUCAACUUUCUGCCCUACUAGAGCUGCCCCGGUCAACUGUAAGUGCUGUUAUUGUGAAGUGGAAACAUCUAGGAGCAACAACGGCUCAGCCGCGAAGUGGUAGGCCACACAAGCUCACAGAAUGGGACCGCCGAGUGCUGAAGCGUGUAAAAAUAAUCUGGCCUCGGCUGCAAUAUUCACUACCGAGUUCCAAACUGCCUCUGGAAGCAACGUCAGCACAAGAAAUGUUCGUUGGGAGCUUCAUGAAAUGGGUUUCCGUGGCCGAGCAGCUGCACACAACACUAAAGAUCACCAUGUGUAUUAACACGCGUCGGCUGGAGGGGUGUAAAGCUCACCGCCAUUGGAAUCUGGAGCAGUGGAAAUGCGUUUUCUUGGGCGAUGAAUUACGCUUCACCAUCUGGCAGUCCGACGGAUUAAUCUGGGGACCCGACGGACGAAAAGCUGACUGACCUGCACAGAGGCCUGACCUCAACCCCAUCGAACACAGUUGGGUUGAAUUGGACCGCCGACUGUGAGCCAGGCCUAAUCACCCAACAUCAGUGCCCGACCUCACUAAUGCUCUUGUGGCUGAAUGGAAGCAAGUCCCUGUAGAAAUGUUCCAACAUCUAGUGGAAAUCCUUCCCAGAAGAGUGGAGGCUGUUAUAGCAGCAAUGUUCCAACAUCUAGUGGACAGCCUUCCCAGAAGAGUGGAGGCUGUUAUAGCAGCAAAGGGGGUCCAACUCCAUAUUAAUGCCCAUGAUUUUAGAAUGAGAUGUUUGACAAGCAGGUGUCCACAUACUUUUGUAAGUAAUAUAUCUAUCUCUAUUGAUCUACCCUAUCCCCUACCUAUCCCCUACCUAUCCCCUACCUAUUCCCUACCUAUCUCCUACCUAUCCUCUACCUAUCCUCUACCUAUCCCCUACCUAUCCUCUACCUAUCCCCUACCUAUCCCCUACCUAUCCCCUACCUAUCCCCUACCUAUCCCCUACCUAUCCCCUACCUAUCCCCUACCUAUCCCCUACCUAUCCUCUACCUAUCCCCUACCUAUCCCCUACCUAUCCCCUACCUAUCCCCUACCUAUCCCCUACCUAUCCCCUACCUAUCCCCUACCUAUCCUCUACCUAUCCCCUACCUAUCCCCUACCUAUCCCCUACCUAUCCCCUACCUAUCCCCUACCUAUCCCCUACCUAUCCCCUACCUAUCCCCUACCUAUCCCCUACCUGUCCCCUACCUGUCCCCUACCUGUCCCCUACCUGUCCUCUACCUGUCCUCUACCUGUCCCCUACCUAUCCCCUACCUAUCCCCUACCUAUCCCCUACCUAUCCUCUACCUAUCCUCUACCUAUCCUCUACCUAUCCCCUACCUAUCCCCUACCUAUCCCCUACCUAUCCCCUACCUAUCUCCUACCUAU